AUGGUAUUUUUUAUCGUUGUCGUCGUGUUUCCUCGUGUUUGACGAAAUAUUAAAUAAAAUUGUUUUGAAAGGUUUUACUUGGUGUGUCGCAUGCCCAAACGAAAGCUAGACUACUGUCGGCAUCUGGAAAUAUCCGAGUUCACAGCCCACACCACCCAUCAAAGUACCGUUUUUGGGUCGCAAGUCGAAGACCUUGGCAACAAGUAAACUGCCUCCCUCUUACCGACAAAAUGCACAACUUUAAGCAGAAAGGUACGAACAGGGGCAACAACCAACAUCAACGCCGACCAAGAGCCAGCACCAACCAUGCUGGUGACGCAGCUGCUGCUGCUGUUUCAGUGGUGAAGCCCGCAGAGCUUACUCCACUGGACACGGGCAACGACGACAACGCUUGUGUGGUGUGCUUCAAGAACUUUGAUAUAUACUCCAUUGGAGAUUGCGACCAUCCGGUGUGCUAUGAGUGCUCGACGCGAAUGCGGGUGCUGUGCCAGCAAAACGAGUGUCCGAUUUGUCGCCACGUUCUGUCCAAGGUUCUGUUUACACUGGAGAAGCUGCCGUAUCGAGAGCUGGAGGCAAAUAGCCGCUCGGAUUUCUACAGCAAAAAGUAUCGCAUUGGCUUCUGCACGGCCGAAAUACAGCAAAAGUUCUUUCAGCUUCUCGAUCAUCCUUGCCCAAAGUGCGAGGCGCCUCCAUAUCGGACGUUUGCAGGACUUCGCAAUCAUGUGCGGAGUGAGCACAACUUGCAUUACUGCGAUCUGUGCGUGGAGACGCUGAAGAUAUUCACCUUCGAGCGACGCUGCUACACCCAGAGCGAACUGAGCUUGCAUAAUAACAAGGGCGACCCAGACAAUCGCUCCCAUCGCGGGCAUCCGCUGUGCGAGUACUGCAAGAAGCGAUACGUGGACAGGGAUGAGCUGUUCCGACAUUUGCGACGGGAGCACUACUUUUGUCACUUUUGCGACGCCGAUGGCUGCAACGAGUUCUACAAUGACUACACCGAUCUGGCGGACCAUUUCCGGCAGGAACACUUUCUCUGCGAGGAAGGAAAGUGCGCUACGGAGCAGUUCGUCGGAGCUUUUCGCAAUGAGAUUGAGUACAAAGCCCAUGUGGCCAAUAUGCACGGCAAGACGCUGAACAAGCAGCAAGCCAAGCAGACACGCACUCUACAGCUUGAGAUUACACUUGGUCCGCGCGGACGCAGCGGACAGAAUGAGCAGGGCAUUGCCAAUAUGAGAUCGAGAAAUGACGAAAACCACGACUAUUUGGAUGAUUUCCCAUCGUCGAGUUCGCAACGCGGCCAGGCUGUCAGCAUCGAUGCUGGCAACGAGGAACAGUUUCCAACGCUGCGCGGCGCUGGUGCAGGUCCCAGCGUAUCGUUGGUGAGGCCGCCGCCGCCUUCAAUGCGCAAUCUCAGCGGCAGCUCUGGACUGGCGCGCACCAAAGAGAACUUUCCAGCUCUUGGCGGGGGCAACAGUAGUGCCGUAGCUGCUGGUAGUAGCAGUCUAGCGGCUCGAGCCGCUCAGUCCCAAAAUCCGGUGGCAGCUGUCUUCAAGAAGUCGGGGAGUGCUGCAUCUGGUGCCAAUCGGGCUGUUCAACCCAACAACGGAAUGCUUUUGCAUGUAUCAAAUCGUCCAGCGGCGACCAAGAAGCCAGCGACAGCGACACCCCAGUUCGAUUUCCCCGCUCUGCCGCCGGGCAAAGGAAAAAAGAACACGCAGAUGCGCAACUUGGAAGAGGAUAUGCUGCCUAGCAACUCUAACGUGUCGAUGACGAAUGUCUCGGCCAAGCACCGCCUUCUGGUCGAUGACUACGUGUCGGUGGCCAAUCCGAGCACCUAUCACAAGCUCCAAAUGGUUCAAAAGGAGGAGUCCGAAGCCAAGGCACGUGCGGAGGCAAUGAAAAAGAAUGCUCCAAAGCUAACAUCAGACGAGUUUCCCACCCUGGGCCCAUGUGCCAGCACCAGCAGGGCGGCCGCCGCCCCAAAGUCAAGCAACGGAUCGGCGGCUCUAAAUUGGUCCAAACCGACGUCGGAGAAAAAACAGCGAGAGUUGGAGAACCGCAAGGCGAAGGUGGCGCCCCCACCAGUGCUGCCGACCACCAGGAUCGUGCCGAAGGCCAGCAACAACAACCUAGAGCCACAGGCAAAUAAAAAGGAUAAGAAACCAAAGGAUAAGAAGAGGAAUCAGGAAAACCAACCAAAGGGGGGCGGUCAACCCAAGCAGAAGGAGAAGAACAAUAACAGCGAACAAAAGCCACCCCCCAAUGGGAAUGCAUCAACUCCGUCGCGUUCUCCGCCUGGACUCGCUAGUGCCGGACCGCUCAAGCCGCCGCCUGGAUUUAUUUCCAAUGUUACAGUUAACUCGGUGGCCAAGUUACCCAACAACCUGACAUUCACCAGUUCGCUGGGCGAGUCCUAUGACAUUGUACCUAGCUAUUCUUAUACCGAUCCACCAGAUACCGCAGCCAGGAAUCAGAAUUUGGUCGACAAAUUCAGAGAGAUACUUAAGACGCCAGAGGCAUUGAACGAAUUUACAUCGUUGUCAUUCAAGUUUCGGGUUGGCUCCUGCAAUGGUCAGGCCUACUAUGAGCACUGCCAGUGCGCCAUGCUAGAUGCAUUUCACGGCCUAUUCCCGGAACUUCUGGUGCUGCUGCCCGACAUAAACAAGCAACAGGAGCUGUAUCUGGUGUACAAGCAGAAUCUGAGCAAAAUAUCACCCGCCCAGCGCAAAUCCCUACCCAGCUUAGAAGUGUGCGCGGUCUGCAAGCAAGUCCUUUUGGCUGUUGACUUGAGUACCCAUCAGAAUGCGCAUGAACUAUCGCAGAACUUUCCCAAGCUAGGGAGCGCAUCCCCGAAUCCGCAACGUCAUUAAGAGGACAACAAAAGCUUUAUCCUGUAUAUUUUAGUGUAUAUAUUUGAAUGGACCAUCCAAUCCACACGCCCCUGGAGUACACCCCACGUUGUAUAUGAAAAUCAAAAUUUAAAGUUAAUCGUUCUACUAUGAUUUGGAACUUAAAUUUGAAUGUUUAUGUGACGUUGAAAACGUUUCAUAAACCCACAGUCCAGGCAGCAAUGCGUUUUUAAAUUUUAACUAAACUAGUGAGCUUGUGUGUCAAAAAUACCCGCAACCAAAUUCAGUGCAAAUCAAUAAAGUUGUAAUUGUAA